AUGAAAAAAAAAAAAAGAAAAGAAGAAAAUUUUUGUCUUCUGUUUUCUUUUUCAUUCAACUUUUUUCUUUCCUGCUUUUUUAUUUACCCUUUCACGUAUAUCUAUACUUUUCUCCUUAAUUUUAUUCCACGUUUUCUUCUUCCUUUUUAUCCUUUCUUUCGUUCUAUCUUUUAUUUUUGUCCUUCUUAUCCUGUCUUUAUCCCUUUCUUUCUUCCUUUCACUGAAGUUGUCUUUUUUCAUUCUUUCUUUCUUUCUUUCUUUCUUUCUUUCUUUCUUUCUUUCUUUUCUUCUUUCUUUCUUUCUUUCUUCACUCAUUCUCUGAUUGCCAUUCCUUCCUUUUAUUCCUCGAUUUUCUUUCUUUUUCUUUUUCCUAAUACUGUUUGUUCUCCUUCCUGCCUUCCUUCCUUCCUUCUAUUUUUUUCUAAUUGUUUAAUUUUCUUUCUUUCUUUCUUUCUUUCUUUCUGUUGUAUCCUUCGUACUCUCUGUCGCAUUCUUUUCAUACAUUUUAUUUAUCCUUCAUUUCUUUCCUACACUCUUUCAUUCAUUGAUCCGUUCAUUUAUUUAUUCUUUCUUUCUAUUUUAUCCUUCAUACUUUCUUUCACUUUCUUUCUUUCUUUUCAUUCAUUUUAUUUUAUUUAUCCUUCAUUUCUUUCCUGCGAACUUUCAUUCAUUGAGACAUUCUUUCUUUCUUUCUUUCUUUCUUUCUUCACUCAUUCUCUGAUUGCCAUUCCUUCCUUUUAUUCCUCGAUUUUCUUUCUUGUUCUUUUUUAA